AUGGUAAACUUCAGUUUCUCAACAACUGGCGUUAGCUUCAUCGGCUAAUUUUAUGCUAAAAACUGGCAUAAUAAGCGGAUUUUGUUGUAAUUAUAAUGGAAGCUAAACCUCGUGUUUCGGGCACAACAUCUAAAAUAUUUCCUCUAGCCUUACCCAAGGGAACAGAAAAGUUGUGUGAACUUUGUCAGAGAGCAGCUCACCUGCAAUGCGCCAAGUGUUGUGUCACCUUUUACUGCGAUGCAGAGCACCAGCAGGCCGACUGGGUGGGGAUCCAUGAGAGAAUUUGUCAGUUGCUUGUUCCCAUUCGCAAACAAACACUCUUUAGUCUCAAGCAGGCUGGCCGCAUAGAAAUACAGCAUAAAAAGGGGGAGCUGAUUGAUAUUUGCAGGGAGGUGGCUGAGAACAAGCUGUCUGAGGGGAAAUACCAUGAGGUUCUGCCUGCUGCCCAGUUCUGCCUGCGCUGCUCCAUGGACGUCCAUGGCCCCAAUACUGUCCAAAAUGUCCCUGCUUACCUGCUGCUGGCUGAGGCUAACAUGGGAUUGGGUAAUCUAGCCCAAGUGACGGAGCUCUUGUCCCAGGCAGAGUGGGUGGUGUUGAAAAGCCCAGAAUGUGGUCACGCAGUGCACCACCGGCUGCACAGGAGCCUGGGCCGCCUCCACACAGCGACUGGAAACCUGGAAGCAGCUCUGCUUCACUUUGCAAAUGAUAUAUACUAUGCUAGUGAGGAGUAUGGUCUGGAUAGCACAGUCACUUAUGUCGGCUACUUCCUCAUGGCUGGUGUGUUUGCCAAACAGGGGACGAUGCCCACUGCUCGGUCCUUGUACUCUGAGGUGGCACGUAAAUGGCACAACCAUCAGACGAAACUCCUCGAGACCCACAUCCAAAAUGUCCAAAAUCAUGACCUGUCGUUUGAGCCUUCUUACGGCAACGCCCAGCAAGUUGAAGUGGACGAGAUGUUAAAAACCAUGUUGGAGUUUGAGCAGAAUAACCCAAAUAAAGACUCAGCACAGAUUGCACUGGUGGCCCACUGCCUGGCCAUGAUGUGGUUCAUGGAAGGAGACUACCUAAAGGCACUGGGAUCUGGCAGCACUGCCCUGCAGGCCAGCCAGCUGAUACCAAACCAUGACCUGACAGAGCCCAUCCAGGGCCUGCUGCAGCUGGUGCAGAGUAUGCAGACGGAAUCACAUCCUGGUUCUGACUAGUCAACAUACCUGUAUAUAUGACAUUUGUACUUACAAUACAAAAAUAUGUUUUCAAAGCAUAUGAAAUGUUUUCAUGCUGAAACAUUUGAUAAAAGAAGCGAAAUGAGCAAAAGACA